AGUUUCCUGGGGAAGUGCUCUGAUAAGAGGAGGCUUUGAUACCAGCCUGAUUGAGUUCAUUACCUACAGGAAGAUGAAAGAAAACUUGUGAUGGCUGCAAUUCUCGUUUUGCUGGGAGUCUUUUGGACUCAGACUUCUGCCCUGAGUACCAUUGUCCUGAAAGAACCUGGCACAAACUAUGUCACUGGAACUAUGACCAUCCACAAUGAGGACAACAUUGUUGAAGUCCAUGUCCGUUCUGGCGUGUACUCCUCUGAUACCAUUUUUGACUACUCUCACGGAUAUAUUGCAACAAGGUUAUUUUCACGAAAUGCCUGCUUUAUCCUGAAAAUAAAUAAGGCAUCCAUCCCAGAGCUGCAAGAAAUUGGACGCCUGGCUUUUGAAAGAAAGACUAUGAAGGCAAUAUACUCUCCACAUAAUGUGUGGGCACAGUUUCAAUCUGGCCGUUCCCUGUUUGGGCGUAUCAGAGACUGGAUUGUCUACGGUAAACCCAUUGAAAAACUCUGCUCAGGUCUGCCUCUCUACAAGCUGGUAGAGACUCAACCACUGCUGAGUGACCAUGGCUGUAGCAAUGCAGGAAUCCCAAGCAUUUUGGGCAUUAAAAUCUGUGAAAAAUCAAAUUAAUCUGGAUCUUGACAAUUCUGCAUGGAAAUGGCUUGUUUCUUUGCAUGCUUUUGUGAUGGUAGCCGUGUUCGCCAACUGGAACAAAACUUGGUGUUAGACUCCACUUUCCUAUCCUAAGCUUUGAGUGCAACAAAUCCAUGACUUACAAAU